AUGAACCACGUCAAUGGAACGUCUGCCAUGGGCCAGGACAACACUAUGGGCCCAAACAAUGGAUAUGGAAGUGAUGUCUGGACGAGUAUGAGCCCUUACAGCCAGAGUCCAUACAGUGCCAGCCCCUUGACCGAGUACCCAUCCUUUGGUGCUUUUGGAGUCCAUGGAUUACCAUCAGAAUCGAUAAACCGAAUGCCACCACCACCAACACAUCAAAUGAUACAGCCUGCACCAUCUCCAAUGGCCCAUCAACAGCUUCCCUUGCUAAACACAAAUCAGACCUGGCCGAGCCAGUUGACGAACCCAGCUCCUGCACAAAGCUAUCCAGCACCACCUGUGUCAAUGCCGCCUGCCGCCAGCGCCCCACCUGUAGAAACUCCCAGGUUACCGACCCAGCACGAAAAGUCAAGGAAAACCCUGACAACGGAGCAAAAAAGGGCCAUGUGCCAGUUUCACGAGGAUAACCCCGGUACUCGACAGGCCGAUAUUGGAGCCCGCUUCGGCGUAGAGAGAAGCACGGUUUCAAAGGUUCUCAGACACAAAGAUCAGUACUUGAAACGAGAUCAAGAGCCAGAAAACGCCGCCGUGAAACGUGGGAAGGGCAAGCAUCCUGACUUCGACCGAACACUUAGCAACUAUGUCAGGAGACAGCAACAACGUGGAUUCCAGGUCAGCGACGAAGAGAUUAUGGAACAAGCAAGGCUGUUUGCCCACGCGAGCGGAAAUCAGGAGAGUGUCCUGAACAAUCUGAACAGCAGUUGGUUGCAAAAGUUCAAGCAAAAGCAUGGGAUUGGGGCAGGAAAAUUGAUGCGACGAGCUUCUGAAGCCAAUAUACCAGACAGUGCAAGGCUAUCGACACUUGCCACGAAGUCCAGCGACUUAUCGCCCGCGUCACCUACAGGACAGCUCUCGCCGCUCUCUGGAAGCAGAAGUGACGAGGAGGCCCAUGUCGAUGGAAUCGACUUUGACUUUGGUUACAAGCAUCCCGAGUCCCAAUCAACGACAUCGCUCUCCAGCGACUUCAGGGACAACGCUGCAUCUUCAUUUUCAACUGGCACGAUGAGCCCUACAGGUACAUUUACUUUCUCCCCUGACCCGAAUGUGGGAGGCUUCCCCAUGGAUUUUCAACACAGGGAAAAGAGGAGUAACACGUUCCCCUCCCUUAAUAUCGACUACGUGAACCAAAUCUCAUCAACAGAACCAAUGACUCCUCGACACCCCCCAUCGUCAACUGCGCCGUCUUCCGCUUUGGAGUCACCCCAGCAUGAAUUACAGGCGCCAUUCAGCAUCGACACCAGCGUCAACUCGCCACCUCCAAUGCUACGCCGAAGUAGCAGCAAUUCGAGUAUAAACCGCUCCACUCUAGUGACAACUGGUGCAUCGUCAACCCCAGUCGAUUCAUCUCCAGUUUCCCCAUCUCAGGAAGAUGCUCGCCGAGCAGCACAGACACUGCUGAACUAUAUUCAGUCAGCUGGUACUUUUGAUACAAACGACUAUAUGUCUAUCGUCCAGUUGACCAAAAAGCUCAAGAUCCACCAAGGUCGACCGUCAAUUGGCGGUCUGUCCCGUAUCCCUGAAGGCGACGUUGAAGCACCUGUUCUUCUAUCGGCCAAGAUGGAACCUGCCUGA